AUUCGAUGAAACAGAAUGCAAAUUAAAUUUUGGAGUUAAAAUAAGGUACCUUUAAUUUAUGCCGUCACAAAAUCUCCCACCUAGAGGGACUCCGUACCCUGCUCAAAUGGCGGAUUGUUUCUGAUUUGGGUUUGUCUUGGCGGGGUCACUAUCCCACUGCUCCCCAAUGUCGCAACAAUGGCGUAAAAAGUUUCACCACCAUCACCAACCAGAAGCUUCACUCCUCCAUUGCGCAGACCUCAUCCUCCCAUGGCUAACCCCAGUAGAACUAGCCAACGUCUCCUUGACCUGCAAAAUCCUCAAUCAGCUCGCCAAAUCCCUAACUCUCCAUCGAUCCCUCGACGUCUCUAGAUCCCUCGAGACCUUCCCUAUACGUUUCCACAACUUAGUCGAUCAUCAUCCCUAUGCCUUUUUCAUGUACACCCCCUCUCAGGUUCUCCCCUCUUCUCCUUCAAAAAACAUUCCCCGCCAAUCUUGGGGUUUGACUUGUAACUCGCUGAGUCGAAUUGGUCCAAAAUCGGUAACUGGGUCGCCAGGAUGCGACGCGGGUGUCCCGGAUUUGGGUUCUUCUGCGAGGCUGGUGAAUCUCGUGGACGAGGCUGGGGAGGCCGUGUCUGGAUGUCGCUGCCGGAAAUGUGAGGAGGUGGAUGAUAAUGGUGGGUUUGGGUGCCCGUGUCGGGGUUUGGAGGGGAUGGGAAUAGUGACUGAGUGUGGGCCGAGUUGCGGGUGCGGGUUGGAGUGUGGGAAUCGAAUGAGCCAGAGGGGGAUUUCUGUUCGGUUGAAAAUCGUGCGUGAUGGCAGGAAGGGAUGGAGUUUGUACGCUGAUCAGCCGAUUCAGCAAGGGGAGUUUGUCUGUGAGUAUGCUGGUGAACUUGUGACGACUGAAGAAGCUAGAAGACGACAAGAAGCCUAUGACAAGUUUGCAUCAGCUGGCCGGUUUUCCUCCGCUCUUUUAGUUGUGAGAGAGCAUCUUCCAUCCGGAAAGGCAUGUUUAAGGAUAAAUAUUGAUGCCACAAGAGUUGGAAAUGUUGCACGAUUCAUUAACCAUUCUUGUGAUGGUGGUAAUCUGUCAACCGCACUAAUUAGAAGCACAGGGAUAUUGCUUCCUCGGCUUUGUUUCUUUGCUUCCAAGAACAUAAAGCAAGAUGAGGAGCUAACUUUCAGCUAUGGGGACAUUAGAAUGAGGGCCAACGGCUUGCAGUGCUUUUGCAGCAGUUCAUGUUGUUUUGGAGUUUUGCCUUCGGAGGAUACAUGAUUGGAAGAGGGAGGUGUCUUGGACUCAGAAAUAUUAAUCUGUGCUUUGGCUGGUACUGUUACUCGCUGGAAGCUUAACAUAUUUCCCUCCAUGCAUUCAUCAUGACUCAAGCUCAGAAAAAGAGAGAAAGGACUGGAAAUGUGGAAGAAGAGUGUGAUGGACAAAUUAUUGAGCUUAUGAUUAACAGAAUUGGAAGUUUUGAUGAAGAUGAAGAUAUGAUCUCUCAUGUCUGGCUGAAAAUGUGAGAAUUAGCUUCAAAGUGAUUUAGGGAAAUUUUCUGCACAUUCUUAAAUUUCUCGGUUAUAAACAUGAAUUCAGAAUUCUGAUACCAGUUGUUUAGCAACCUAAGCUCCUAACACCAUUGUUGGAAGUGAAAGCUGGAGUGGUUAAUAGAACCAGAAACAAGAUAAGGAUUGGAGAAAAGACAAGAGGGUGAGAAAGAGAAGCAUGGGAGAUUAGGAAAUUUCUGAAAAUUCUGUCUGUAAUGCUUCGGAUUGCAUGAAGGUUUACAAUUUCAAAAUU